AUGGGCUCACUCUCAGAACAAGGGUCUCGGGGCCUGUCUGCCUGCCAUCCUGAGCUUGUGGCCUCUGCUGGUGAGUCGUGGGAGCACAGCUCUGCCGAGUGGGAUGGACCCUCCGGAGCCUUCCUGGCGAAGGGGGGGCUAUGGCAGGGCACGCACGGUGCACCCCGACGAUCAAAGCUGAGACGCUGUGCACGGAGGCUCAGGGCUGUUGGCCUGUUUGUCUUUGUGGUGUCUUGUUCUGUGUUGUUCAGCCUGUAUCCAGACCAGGAGAAACCUUGGCAGCUGGUGGCUGUGUCGCAGCCUGAGAGCUACUCUGUGAACCUCAGCGGCCGCACAGAGAACGCCCUGCUCCAGGUGGCCCUGGAUGGAGCCCUGGUGGCCGGAGGAUCCGGCGCAGCCUCAAGGAAUGACUAUGUGGUAGUGGAGGUGACACGGACCGAAGCUCCCGGCUCCAGGCGCCGGCGGCCCCAGCAGGUCUUCUCCAACUGGACCGUGUUUGUGGAUCCAAGAGGGGGAGAGCGUACUGUGCUGAGCAGGAACUUCGAGGUGCUGAGCAGAGAGACUGUCUCCAUCCAAGUAAGGGCAUCUCUGCAGCAGAAGGCGACUGUCCCCUUGCUGCUGGCUCACCAGUUCCUCCGUGCAAGCAUCGAAGCCCAGGUCACUGCUGCCGCUGUCAUCCUUGCAGGGGUCUAUGUGCUCAUCAUCUUUGAGAUCGUUCACAGGACACUGGCGGCCAUGCUGGGGUCCUUGGCGGCAUUAGCAGCGCUGGCGGUGGUGGGUGAUAGGCCGAGUCUGACCCAAGUGGUGCAGUGGAUUGAUUUCGAGACUCUAGCUCUACUCUUCGGCAUGAUGAUCCUAGUGGCCAUAUUUGCCGAAACUGGAUUUUUUGAUUAUUGUGCUGUCAAGGCCUAUCGCUUGUCACGGGGCAAGGUGUGGACCAUGGUCACCGUGCUGUGUCUCUUUGCCGCCAUCCUUUCUGCCUUCCUGGACAAUGUCACCACAUCGCUGCUCUUCACCCCCGUGACCAUAAGGCUCUGUGAGGUUCUUAACCUGGACCCCAGGCGCGUCCUGGUGGCAGAAGUGAUCUUCACCAACAUUGGGGGUGCUGCCACUGCCAUUGGUGAUCCCCCAAAUGUCAUCAUUGUCUCCAACCAGGAGCUGAGGAAGAUGGGCCUCGACUUCACCAGCUUCACAGCACACAUGUUUGUGGGCAUCUGCCUUGUGCUCGCCUUCUCCUUCCCACUGCUCCGCCUGCUGUACCGGAACAAGAAGCUAUUCAACAAGGAGCCUAGUGACAUUGUCGAGCUGAAGCAUGAGAUCUCCGUGUGGCGCCUGACAGCCCAACGCAUCAGCCCGACCAGCCGUGAGGAGACAGCUGUCAGGAACCUGCUGCUGGGGAAAGUGCGAGGCCUCGAGCGCCUGCUGGAUUGCCGGCUGAAGACCUUCCACAGACAAAUCUUACAGGAAGAUAAAAACUGGAAGACAAACAUCCAAGAGCUACAAAAAAAGCACAGGAUAUCCGACAAGGCUCUUCUGGCCAAAUGCUUGCUGGUUUUGGGCUUCGUGGUCUUCAUGUUUUUCCUCAACUCUUUUUUCCCCGGAGUUCAUCUGGAUCUGGGGUGGAUUGCUAUCCUGGGUGCCCUCUGGCUGCUGAUUUUAACCGAUAUCCCAGACUUUGAGAUGGUCCUACACCGAGUCGAAUGGGCGACGCUCCUGUUCUUUGCCGCACUCUUUAUUCUCAUGGAGGCCCUGGCACACCUGCACUUAAUAGAAUACAUUGGGGAACAAACUGCCUUGCUCAUAAAGAUGGUCCCAGAGGGUCACCGUCUGGCAGCUGCCAUCAUUCUGGUGAUCUGGGUCUCUGCCAUCGCCUCCUCCCUCAUCGACAACAUCCCCUUCACAGCCACCAUGGUCCCUGUGCUCCUGAACCUGAGCCAAGACCCCGAGGUCAGCCUGCCCACAGCCCCCCUCAUGUACGCCCUGGCCCUGGGUGCCUGCCUGGGAGGGAACGGGACGCUGGUGGGAGCUUCUGCCAACGUGGUGUGUGCGGGCAUCGCGGAACAGCAUGGCUAUGGCUUCUCUUUCAUGGAAUUUUUCAGGCUGGGCUUCCCCAUGAUGACUGUCUCUUGCCUGGUCGCCAUGUGCUACCUCCUUGUGGUUCACGUCGGCCUGGGCUGGAACUAG